AUGCGGGCCAUCCAGAAUAUGCAAGGAGCGGGUUUCUUGCAGGGCGGCGGCCCUGGCGGCCGCCCCCACGCGGGAAGCAUGCCUCCCUCCUCUGGCCCCUUGAAUCCCAUGUGGGGCUACGGGCGGGGCGCUCCGGGCGGGUUCAACCCAGCAAUGAACCCCCUGGCGAACGUCAACAGCGCACCGGGCAGCGGGGGCGCCGCGGGGCUCUCGUCCGCGUCGCGCGGGCCCCCAAUGGGCCACCUGAAUGCAGUCCCGCCGAGCCUGGGCGGCCCCGGCGGCGCGGCGACGGGGGCCGGGCCGCGCGGCGGCAUGGGGAUGACUCCUCUCGGCCAGGCGAGCUUGCUCGGGGGGCUCGGAGGCCGCGGACCAGGCGCAACGGGCCCCCUUCCGGGCGGACCCCCUGCAGUGGCCCGCCCGGGCACGGGCGGCAACGCGCUCGCCCAGAUGGGCGGCGUCUCCGCAGGACUCGCGAUGCUGCCGGGGGCGCGCGGCGGCGGCGGCACGGGAGCGGCCGGGGGAGCUCUCGGGGGCUUCAGUGCCGUGGGUGGGCAGGGCGGAGAGGGUCUGCUUGGCGCGAUGGGCGCCGCGGCCGGGCAGGGCGCGCCCGGGACGCGAGAGAUCCUCUCCAUGCUGAAGCGCACGGGCCCAGGCGGGCCGCAGCCCGGGGGCAUGCCCGGGCUGUCGAGCGUAGGCGUCAUGGGCGGAGUCGGGGGCGCGCCGGCGGGCAGCCGGCCGGCGUUCGACGCCACGGACUUCCCCUCCCUCGGCAUCCUCGCGCAGCAGCAGCAGCAGCAGCAGCAGCAGAGCCAGGCCGCGCUGCAACAGGCCGGUGCGCCGGUGCGGCAAGCAGCAGGGACGCCCCCGACGGUCAACGAGAACUACGCGGCGAUGGCGUCGCAGGCGAAGCCGCAGUCCGUGCCGGACCUGCGUUCCGAGGACUUCCCCGCGCUCCCGGGCGCGAUGGGCGGCGGCGGCGGCGCCAGCAACGCCGCGACCACGUCGCCGGCGACCAACGCGGGGGCGACCGCCGGCGCGGGCCUCGUUCCGCCCCCGCAGGCCCUGACGCAGUCCCCGCCGAACAGCGCGGGGCGGUCCUGGGCGGCGGCGGGCGCGGCCGGCACGGCGAGCACGUCCACCGCGCCCUCGGCCCUCAAGGGCCCCGGGUCCGACCCGGACGGCGCGGUCGCGGGCCAGGAGCGCUUCGGCAUGCUCGGGCUGCUGAGCCUCAUCCAGAUGACGGACCCGGACCUGACGACGCUCGCCCUCGGCAUGGACCUCACCACCCUGGGCCUCAACCUCAACUCGCACGACACGCUGCACUCGACGUUCGCGUCGCCGUGGGCCGACGCGCCGCUGCGGCCGGACCAGGACUUCAAGAUCCCGCGCUGCUACGCCGCGAUCGAGCCCCCGCGGCUCGCCGCCGGGUGCCUCUCGCGGCUGCGCGGGGAGACGCUCUUCUUCCUGUUCUACGCGACGCCGGGCGAGGAGGCGCAGCUGCUCGCUGCGGACGAGCUGUGCGUGCGCGGGUGGGCGUUCCACAAGCAGCUGAAGCUGUGGUUCCGGCGGCCAUCGCCGGCGGGGGACGGCGAGGGUGCCGCGCAGCCGCUGUCGGCCGAGUCGGGGCCCGAGGAAGAGCGGGGGACGUUCGUGCUGUUCGACCCGGAUACGUGGCGGGAGGUGACGCGCGCGGACUUCGUGCUGCAGAAGGCGAUGCUGGAGCGGGCGCCGCGCCUGCAGCGGUGA